CGCAUUUUGUGCAAGUUAAGACUAUACACAUAGUUUCUUACUUAUAGUUGCCACCAUGUUCAUAUCUAUGCAGCUUGGAUAUCUAACUUCUCUAACAUAGAUAGGUCAGGGAUCCAUUUAAUACAGUAACAGGGAUGACAGGGUUUAUUCAUUCAGCAUAUGUUUGUCAUGGACUCUUGUCUGUUUUAACCAGAACAAUGAAACCCAGUUCAGUUCUGCUUCUGCUGUUCCUUCUGGGGACGUGCUCGGCUUACACCUAUCAAAAUGUGGCCUUGCGAGGGAGAGCGACCCAGUCAAACCGUUUUGCAGACUUGUACGGUUUUGCCCACAAUGCUAUUGAUGGAAAUCGUGACUCUGACUACAGCGCCGGAUCAUGCACCCACACUGUUGAACAGACCAACCCCUGGUGGAGAGUGGACCUGCUGGAGUCCUACGUCGUCACGUCCAUCAUCGUCACCAACAGAGGAGACGCCUUUCCAGAGAGGCUCAACGGGGCAGUGAUUUAUAUCGGCAACUCUUUGCAAGACAAUGGUUCCUCAAACCCAGUGGCUGGUGUAAUUGACCAUAUCCCAGCAGGCAGGUCUUUAAAAUUGACUUUUACCAAACUUGUGGUAGGACGAUAUGUGACUGUGGUUCUACCUGGUUCAGGAAAAGUCCUAACACUCUGCGAAGUGGAAGUCUACGGGUACCGGGCCCCAACUGGAGAGAACCUGGCUAUCCAAGGAAAAGCCUCGCAGUCAUCACUGUAUUCUAGCGGCAUUGCAUAUAAUGCUAUAGAUGGGAAUCGUGAAGCCAUCUGGGGCCAUGGUUCUUGUACUCACACAAAAGACGACUUCAACCCCUGGUGGCGACUGGACCUGGGCAAAACCCACAAAGUGUUUUCUGUUAACAUAACCAACACAGUAGACUCUGUCCCAAAUCGACUCAAUGGAGCUGAGAUUCGAAUUGGAGAGGAUCUUGAUAACAAUGGAAACAACAAUCCUAGGUGUGCUGUGAUCUCCAGCAUCCCUGGAGGUUUCACUGAAGUAUUUCAGUGUAAUGGGAUGGACGGUCGCUACGUUAACAUCGUCAUCCCUGGAAGAAGCGAGUACCUGACCCUGUGUGAGGUGGAGGUCUACGGCUCCAGACUGGAUUAGGUCUGAGGAGGCUCAAAAUAUACAUAAUGUAAAAAUGAUAUUUUACAUUUCAGAUGUUCUGCUGAUGCUCUUGUACAGACUCAUGUUGCAAUUAUAGAUUCACUUGCUAUCUACAGAUGGAUUGGAGUUCUAGCUUAGUAAACUAGAGUUACCCCUGUAAAAUAGUCGUAGUUAAUGCGGUAAUGUGUGAAAAAGCGACCUAGCCAGAUUGUAAUGGUGACAAUCGUAAUUCAGCCAAUGCAUUAAGGUGCAUCAGUUUUCACAUAACGAUAUCUAUACAAAAAUCAAACACAUUUUCAGUGCUUUUGUAGUUUUAUAUUAUAUUAUUAUGGACCUUCAGCAUCUAAAUUGAAUUCCUGCAAAUUCAAAAUACACUUUAUUUAAAACCAGUAGGUUGUACCUUUUGUAUUUCACCUGGAAGCGUAUCAGCAACAUUAAUAUUACUUAAUGUUAUAUUUUUAUGUCUGUGUGUAUCUGAGGAACGUAUCUAACUGUAUUUAUGUGGGAAUUGAUAGUAAAGAGCAAGUGCAUGUGGCACAUUUAUUUAAACCAAACGAGACGUGGCCUAUGAAAUGAAAAUGCAUAACAAAAGGGCGUGUUUACAUUAUCGCUAUGUCCACUUAACUAAUGUCUAAUGUAAUUUGAAAAUUCCAUGGAUGUAUUAAGAAAACAAAAUAUUGCUCUAAUUUCCUUAUCAUGUUGCAAGAAUUAAAUAAUUUCACAUUAA